UGCUGUCGGAAAGGUUAUUCUAAUUAACACUCCCACUUAUGGCCUUAAUACCUCCACAUAUCUCUUAUUGUGGUUAACACAGCCUGGUUCAUACUUCAUGCUGCUCAGUUUAUAUUUGUUACUGGUCAAUUGUUCGUUAAACAGAUGAUCUAGAACCUUCAGAACCUAGAAUAAUAUGAGAAGCAUUUCAUGGUAGCCCCUCUAUCUCCCCACUGCCUUCACCGUGUGGUGGGUGGUCCUGGAUGAGAUGGGAUGGCUUGUCUUUACAGGUGUCAGUGACAUUUGAGGACGUGGCUGUGCUUUUCACUCGGGAUGAGUGGAGAAAGCUGGGUCCUUCUCAGAGAAACUUGUACCAGGAUGUGAUGCUGGAGAACUACAGUAACCUGCUCUCAUUGGGACUCCCAUUUUCCAAACCAGAAGUGAUCUCCCUGUUGCAGCAAGGAGAAGCUCCCUGGAAGGCAGAGAAGGAAAGUCCUGGAGGCUCGUCUCUAGGAUGUAAGAGCAGUCCUAGAACCACAAAGUCAACUCAAACUCAAGACUCAUUAUUUCAGGGGCUGAUAAGGAAAAGACUCAAAAAGGAUGAACCGUGGAACUUCAUAUCAGAAAAACCCUGCAUGUAUGAAGACAUAUUAAAGAAACAGAAGGACAAAAAUGAAAGUUUACAAAUAAUUUCAAUCACCCAUACGAAAAUCCUUACUUUAGAAAAAAGCCAUAAAAACAGUGAAUUUGGCCAAAAUUUCAGCCUGAAAUCAGUCUUCAUUAAGCAACAGAGAAAAAUACCCUCAAAAUAUGAAAUACAAAGAAAUACCUUCAAGCAGAAUUCAAAUUUACUUAACCAACCAAAAUUCAAGAUAGCAGAGAAACGCUAUAGAUGUAGUAUAUGUGAAAAAGCCUUCAUUCAUAAUUCAUCCCUUCGUAAACAUCAGAAAAACCAUACUGGAGAGAAAUUAUUUAAAUGUAAAGAAUGUUCAAAAGCUUUUAGCCAAAGUUCAGCUCUUAUUCAACAUCAAAGAACUCAUACUGGAGAGAAACCCUAUAUAUGUAAAGAAUGUGGGAAAGCCUUCAGCCAUAGUGCAUCCCUGUGUAAACACCUAAGAACCCAUACUGUGGAAAAAUCCUAUAGAUGUAAAGAAUGUGGUAAAUCCUUCAGCAGAAGAUCUGGCCUUUUUAUACAUCAAAAAAUCCAUGCUGGAGAAAAUCCCCAUAAAUAUAAUCCAGGUAGGAAAGCAUCUAAUUGCAGCACAUCCCUUCCUGGUUGUCAGAGAAUUCUUCUCAGAAAGAAGUCCUAUUUAUGCAACGAAUGUGGCAACACCUUUAAGUCUAGUUCAUCCCUUCGUUAUCAUCAGAGAAUUCACACUGGAGAGAAACCUUUUAAAUGCAGUGAAUGUGGGAGAGCCUUCAGUCAGAGUGCAUCUCUCAUUCAACAUGAAAGAAUUCACACUGGAGAAAAGCCCUACAGAUGUAAUCAAUGUGGAAAAGGUUUCACUUCUGUUUCACGACUUAAUAGACAUCGAAUAAUUCAUACUGGAGAGAAGUUGUAUAACUGUAAUGAAUGUGGUAAAGCCUUAAGUUCCCACUCGACACUUAUUAUUCAUGAGAGAAUUCAUACUGGAGAGAAACCAUGUAAAUGUAAAGUGUGUGGGAAAGCCUUCAGACAAAGUUCAGCUCUCAUUCAACAUCAGAGAAUGCACACCGGAGAAAGACCCUAUAAGUGUAAUGAGUGUGGGAAAACAUUCAGGUGUAACUCCUCCCUUAGUAAUCAUCAGAGAAUUCAUACUGGAGAGAAACCAUUUCAGUGUCGAGAAUGUGGGAUAUCCUUUGGCCAAAGUGCAGCUCUUAUUCAACAUCAGAGAAUUCACACAGGAGAAAAACCCUUUAACUGUAAUACAUGUGGGAAAACUUUUAGACAAAGCUCAUCACUUAUUGCACAUCAAAGAAUUCAUACUGGAGAGAAACCCUAUGAAUGUAACGCAUGUGGGAAACUCUUCAGCCAGAGGUCGUCCCUUACUAAUCAUUAUAAAAUCCACAUUGAAGAGGACUCCUUGAAAAUAGAUUUGCAUGUGUGAAAGCCUUAAACCAAAGCUCACCAGAGUAUACAUGUUUGAGCUAGAUUUAAUAAAUGUAAUGAAUAUGAAAAAACUUUCUAAUUUAGCCCUCAACAGAAAUUAAAACCCAAGGAUAAACCUUGACUAUAUAAUAAAUAUGGGAAAACUUUCAUACCUGUCAGUCAGUUAUUAAAUUAUCUUGAGAAAAUAAUUCACAGUUGCGAAUAUUGAUUUUGCCCAUUUGUAAGAUAAAAGAUGGGUUUUUAUCUAUUUAUAUAGCACUAUAUGCUAUAUACAAUAUGUAAAUGAGAGAAAAAUGAGUGCAGGUAUGCU